CAACCGCCGAUAAACCCCACCGAAGAAGAGGUUGUAGCUAGCUGCUGAAACCAAGCAGGACGUGAAAUAAGAACAGAAGAUGGAGGCAGAUUCGUGUCUCCUGAGCUCGGAAAUGGAACUGCAGCAGCAAGAGGAGCUCUACCAACAGCUUUUAAUACAGACAAUGGGAAAAAUGCAAAGUGAAAAUCCUUGUGAUUCUAGAGUCAUCCGGCCACAGCCUGGUCUGUGUGUGAAGACUUUCACCCUGCCUGAUAAACGGAAGGUAUUUGUCAACAUCUGCCAGUCUGCUGCCGUCCCGCCCCCGCCCCCCCUCUCCAGGGAGGCACUAGUGGAGCUCCUAGAAUCAGAAGACCCCACAGGAUACAGAGUGCCCAUGAGCAUCGGAGAGGCCCACACAGAGGUGGACAACAACUCCCAAGGCUGCACAGCCUACGACGUGGUCAUCAGUGAAGAGUUCUUCCAGAAAUGCCAGAAGGAUCCUCUAUUCCAGCAGUUCCUGAUCGCUGUGUCAUUGGAGGGGCUGGAGAACAAAUACAACCUAGAGCUCAGCCGAGACUGGAAGGUUCUGAAGAACAGGAAGUUUCUGGGCUCUGUGAACGAACAAAAUAUUCGCACUAAGAGCAAACCUGUGAUUCAGGAAAUAGAACCCAAGGAUACUCGCACAGCGCCAGAACCAGCCAAACGGCCAGAGUUCUGUCUGCUGGUGGAGCCCCCUGUAGGUGAUCCAGAGUUUCUGAUAGCAGAGAUACAGCUGCCUGGAGUGGCCUCCUCUCUCUCCCUUGUUCUGGACCUUGGGGAGGACAGGCUUGUCCUGAAUGCCCGGCCCUCCCUCUUUCAUCUGGACUGUUUCAUUCCCUUCUUCAUUGACCAGGACGGCAGUGUAGCACAGUUCAACACCAACACACAGAUUCUCACGGUGACAAUGCCAGUGGUGUCUUCAUGAAGAAGCUGAAUGUCAGAUAUCUGUCCGUUUUUGUUGUAUAUGAAAAUAAAGCUGUUAUUUUUAA